AUGGCCGGAAAUGAAGUGAUUGUUGUGACCAAAGAUGAUGUGGUCUUUCAUAUGAAUGUCAAUAAUAUCACACAAAUGACUGAAUUGAAAAAAUUGAGGGAAAAGGAUAUCAUCAAAAUCAGUGCCGGAGUGAGUCAUGUCUGUGCCCUCACAUCUGCCGGUGAUGUGUACGCCUGGGGUGACAACGAAUAUUAUCAGUUAGGCACCGACACUAUUGAGUCAACUCGUCGUCCAUUAAAACUAACCAUCAAAUGUCAUAAUGAAAAGAUUGUUGACAUUAAAUGCGGCCGUAGUCACAAUCUCGUGCUGACCGAUGCCGGCUAUGUGUACGCCUGGGGUAGUAAUGAUAAUUAUCAAUUGGGUAACGACAACAUUACUAACCAAUCAAAACCCACUAAAGUGAAGGCAUGUCUCGAUGGACUGCGCGUCACAUCCUUAGUUUGCGGCGGAUAUCAUUCACUGGCCGUUACGGACACCGGGAGUGUGUUUGGAUGGUAUGGCAGAGAGGGUGAUAAUGAUUUUGGUCAGUUGGGUUUGGGUCACAAUGAAGAGCAAGUUGUGCCAAUUAAAAUUCGAUAUUUCAAGAAUAUCAAAGUGGCCAAGGUUGCUGCUGGAAUGUACCAUACCAUAAUUUUAUUAGAUGAUGGUCGUGUCUAUACGUGCGGCGAUAACGGACAUGGGCAAUUAGGAUUGGGUGAUACAGAUGAAAGAAGUAAACCAUCCAAAUUAAUAACCAUAAACGAGCAUGGUCAUGUUGUAGACAUCGCGUCGCAUAUAAAUAGCAACAUUUCAGCUGCCGUUACGGCUAAUGGAGUGCCAUAUGUUUGGGGCGAAUGUCGGCAACCGUUUGGCGAUUUGCUCACUCCUACCGUUAUGAGUUUUGGCUCCAUAUGUGAUGUCUUUGCAUUGUUUGACAAAACGCACGCAAACUAUCGGUUUGUAUCCACACCUGUCGACGACGAAGAGGACGACGAGGAAGAGGAUGACGCGGAAGAGGACGAGAGCAACGACGAGAGCGACGACGAGGACGAUGAUGAGCACCCGGUACUGGACAGUCUGACACAAGCUUUCGAUAAUCACAUAACCAGUAGUUUCCAGUUUGUGAUCGACGGCCACCCCAUACAUGUCCACAGAGAGUAUUUGAUUAUACGGUGCGAACGACUCACACAACUGUUAGACACAAAUCAAACUGAACGAGUGAUAACAGACAAUUCUUAUGAGGCAUUCAAAGCAUUUCUGCGAUAUCUAUAUACCAACGAUGUGUUUGUGGCGCCGGAUAUUGGGAUCCAGAUAUGGAUCGAGUUAUUAGGUUUGGCCGACACUUACGGCGAGACAGACCUCAAGCGAAAGUGUACUCGACUUUUACGUAAUAAUAUUACCUUUGAAAACGUGGCUAAAAUAUACGGGGCGUCUGUUGAACACCGGGUGCCGGCCCUCCAGGAUAUAUGUUUCAAAUAUUAUUAUUUUAGACAAAGAGAUCAUAAAAUGACCGCAAAUGAAAACUUGGGAUCAGUUAAAAGACAACAAAAAUUGGUGUCUUUAGACAAAUGGCCCGUAUUUUAUGUUAUGAACGAAGAGUUUGUUCAUAACAUCCGUUCAUUCAUUAUAUACGGAGAGACAGGAAAUGAAGUGAUUGUUGUGACCAAAGAUGAUGUGGUCUUUCAUACGGCUGUCAAUAACAUCACAGAAAUGACUGAAUUGUCUGAAUUGAAGGAAAAAGUUUCGGGUGCUAAACACUUAUGUGGUCUCACAUUAGGCGGUGAUGUGUAUGUUUGGGGCGAUAACACACAAUCUCAGUUGGGAACCGGAAAUACCGAUCCCUCUCCCCAUGCGUUAAAAUUAGCCCUCGAUUUGAAUAAUGAAAAGAUUGUUGACAUCGAUUGCGGGCCAUUGCAUACGAUGGCGUUGACAGAUGCCGGCCAUGUGUACGUUUGGGGUCAUAAUGGCCAUGGUCAAUUGGGCAAUGACAAUACCACUGAUCAAUCCAUACCUAUUAAAGUAAUGGGAUGUCUCGAUGGAUGUCGCGUGACAUCCAUUGUUUGCGGUGGAGCGCAUUCACUGGCCGUUACGGACACCGGGAGUGUGGGUUGUAAUGAACAAGGGCAACUGGGGUUAGGUCAUGAAAACAACCAAUCAUUGCCCGUUCAGAUUCAACACUUUAAUGAAAUCAAAGUGACCAAGGUCGCCGCUGGGACAAAUCAUACAAUCAUUCUAUCAAAUGAAGGUACGGGUGAUAAGGAUAAACGGUGUGCUCUAUUCAAGUUAAACACCAUCAAUCACCAUGGUCCUAUUGUAGAUGUAGCGUCGCAAAUGAAUGGCCAUAUUUCAGCGGCCGUUACGGCUAAUGGAGUGCUAUAUGUUUGGGGCGAAUGUCGGGAACCGGUGGGCGAUUUGCUUACACCUACCGUUAUUAUGAGUUUUGGCUCAAUAUAUGAUGUUUUUGGAUUGUUUUCUAAAAUACACUCAACGUAUCGCUCGAUACCACUGACUAUUAAGGCCAGUCACCCGGUGCUCAACAGUAUGGCUCAAGCUUUUGACAAUCCCGAUAACUUUACUUUUAAGUUCGUGAUCGAUGGCCACCCCAUACAUGUCCACAGAGAGUAUUUGAUUAUACAGUGCGAACGACUCAGACCUUUGUUAGACACCGAUAGCGCAGAAAGAGAGAUAUCAGACUAUUCUUAUGAGGCAUUCAAGGCUUUCCUGCGAUAUCUGUAUACCAACGAUGUGUUUGUGGCGCCGGAUAUUGGGGUCGAGUUAUUGGGUUUGGCCGACACUUACGCCGAGACAGACUUCAAGCGAAAGUGUACUUUACUUAUAACUAAUGGCAUUACCGUUGAAAACGUGUCCCUAAUAUACGGCGCGGCGAACAAACACUGUGUGUCAGAACUGCAGGAAAUUUGCUUCAAUUAUUUGGUGAAACACAUCGAAGAGGUGUUCAAAACAGACACUUUCUAUGACCUUGAUACUAAAAUUCAUAAAGAUUUUAUACUAAAAAUGGCCGCAAAUGAAGAAUUUGGAUCAGUUGAGAGAAGACAGCAAUUAAUAUCAUUAGACAAAUGGCCCUUAUUUUCUAUAAUGAGUGAAGAGUUUGUGCAAAACAUCCAUUCAUUCAUUAUAUACGGAGAGACAGGAAAUGAAAUGAUUGUUGUGACCAAAGAUGAUGUGGUCUUUCAUAUGAAUGUCAAUAAUAUCACACAAAUGACUGAAUUGUCUGAAUUGAGUGCAAAGGGUGUCAUCAAAAUCGUUGCCGGAGAGAGUCAUGUCUGUGCCCUCACAUCCGGCAGUGAUGUGUAUUUCUGGACCUACGAUGAAAAGAAAGAAAAAUCAGAAUCAUUAGCUCUUUUGAUCAAAAUUUUCUGUCUAUUACUAAAGAUUGUGGACAUCAAUUGCGGCAAAUUGUACAUUGUACUUCUAACAGACGCAGGUCAUUUAUAUGCUGUUGGCGGUAAUCUAAAGGAUCAAUUAAAUGAUGGUGAUAAACAAAUUAAAUUUAAACGAGUCAAAGGUUGUCUUAUUUCAUGUCACGUGACAUCAAUUUCUUGCGGCAAAAAACAUUCGCUGGCCGUUACGGACACCGGGAGUGUGGGUUCCAAUAAAUAUGGUCAAUUGGGUUUAGGUCAUGAGAGCAACCAAUUAUUACCUGCUCAAAUUCAAUACUACAAUGAAAUCAAAGCGACCAAGGUGGUGGCUGGCGCUCAUCAUACAAUAAUUUUAUCUGAUGAUGGUAAUGUUUAUACGUGUGGACGUAAUGAUGAUGGGCAAUUAGGAACCUGGGAUAAGGAUAACAGAUGUUCGCUAUACAAAUUAAGCACUAUAAACCAACAUGCUGCCGUAACAGCGAAUAGAGUGCUAUAUGUUUGGGGCGAAUGUCGGCAACCGGUGGGCAAUUUGCUCACACCUACCGUUGUUACGAGUUUUGGUUCAAUAUAUGAUGUCUUUGGAAUGUUUGCCAAAACAUACGCAACGUAUCGCUCAAUAUCAGUGAUUGUCGCCGACGACCACCCGGUACUCGACAGUCUAUCUCAUGCUUUCGACGAUCCCAUAACCGGUAACUUCAAGUUUGUGAUCGACGGCCACCCCAUACAUGUCCACAAAGACUAUUUGAUUAUACGGUGUAAAAGCCUGAGACCUGUGUUGGAUACCAAUCAACCAGAAAUUGAAAUUACUGAAUAUUCUUAUGAAGUAUUCAAAGCAUUUCUGCGAUAUCUGUAUACCAACGAUGUGUUUGUGGCGCCGGAUAUUGCGGUCGAGUUAUUAGGUUUGGCCGACACUUACGCCGAGACAGACCUCAAGACAAAGUGUACUCGACUUAUAUGUAAAGGCAUUACCGUUGAAAACGUGGCCCAUAUAUACGGGGCGUCUGUUAAAUACUCGGUGUCCGCACUUCAGGACAUUUGUUUCAAUUAUGCGGUCAAACACUUUAAAGAUGUGUCCAAAACAAGUGCUUUCAAUGCUCUGGAUAUUGAUAUUUACAAGGAUUUCAUCCGUAAGGCAUCACUAAAGGGGGCUUUUGGUCACUAA